AUGCUUCAUGACCAUGUCUUUUUCAUACAAUGCGAUCCCUAUAUGACCAAAUACGAGGCUCUACCGACGCCAGAGCUUGCUCCUUCGAUCCCUGACACGCUUGAGCUCAAGCCUGUUGGGCAACCGAAAUGUUAUUCUGUGACAGACAGAGUUCACACACUGCCUGCAGGACUUUGGGAUUCUGACGUGGUCAGCACAUAUGAGUUCAUUGACUUGGAGAGGGGCGUCUUUGUGAGAACACGAGGCCCGAUGGGUUUGGUUUUGGAGACUGUCUGGGAGAUUGAAGAGACUACUGAUGGAGGAUCAAAGAUUGUUGAGAAUGUCACCAUCUCAUGCUCAAGGCUCAUGCUAGGCAUGAUCAAGAACUCUUGUGAGGCUGGAUGGAAAGGAGUCCAUGGCAAGAUGCUUGAGAGGCUAGAGAGUUCCUGA